GCUGACCAAAACAAAGUCCACGUCAGUGUUGUGAAGGUCCCGAGUGUAAAAGGCUAAAAUUUCACGGCCGUUCGUUCAUUUUAAACCGUGAAAUGAGAUCAGAGGCCGUGGUAUUACCCACUACGCUCUUAAAACGCACCAAAAGGCGUCUGUCGCCGCGUCUGUAGGCGUGAAGUGGUUUUUCCGUGGCCGGGAGAUGUCCCUCCGAAGGAGAGUUACUGAAGAGGAGGAGGCGGCCCCUCUGGAAUGUCGCUGCGACGGGCGUCGUAUUUUACCGUCGUUUUGGGCGGCGGGGUUACGACCCGUCACCCGGGGGGGCGUCGUAACUUUGCGCAGAUUGAUUUUAAUGAGCUCUAUUCUAUUAUAUUUAUGUUGUUCAGUGUACGGUGAAGAACUGGGCCCCAGCAGAUCUGGGCAAAAUCAUGGUGAUGUUAGUCACAAAGAUGAAAAAUCUCACAAAGUUCCUCAAAGUUAUGAUUUGUAUAGUAAUGAGGUUUCCAGUGCGGUUGAUAAUGCAAAAAGGAUCUUGGGUAUUGACAUCACUUUAGACGGAACUUCUUCGGUGUCUCGCAGAAGUGCUAGAAAAACUCGGAAACUUCUUGAAAAAAUAAAGAACGAAUUUAACACAAAAAUACUUCAUUUACCAGAAACGAAGGUGACUGGAGAGUCGUCAGGAAUAGACACAGCUCCAUUAAGUAAAAGGGCUAACUUUGAAAAGGAGCCAGAGUUGUUAGAUACAUCCGCAUUGGAAGUGGCUGUGAAAGACUCAGAAUAUACAGAAGAUGGUAAGAGUGAUCCAGAAUCUGGAACUACUGUUGUACCAGAUGAUGAUACUGAGGUAGACAGGUUAAUAGUUGACAAGAACCACGAGGCAGAUAAUGAAGUUGAGCUACAAAAGACAGAGUUUCCUUUCGAGAAAGAUGGAAGUCAGCCUGAUACCUCUUCUGUUGUGGCAAAGGAUGCUAAGGACAAGAGCAGCAGUCCCUCUGACGACUUGCCCGAGAGAUCGGACGAAUAUGUGAAAACGGACCUAUUGGAGGAGAGGAAAGACUUGAGAAUUGAAGGGAAAGACGAUAGUACUAGGGACUUGGAGGAGGAUGAAGAGGAGAGUGCCCCUCCAAGUCCUCCUCUUAAUGAUUCCUCGUCUGAGAGGGAAAAUUCACUCGCAAGCGAGAGUGAAGGGGACGAACGCAAGAAUGAGUUUGAACCCUCUGAGGAAGCUGUUUCAGAGGCUUCUGGGAAUCAACCUGAAGGAGGCGUAGGCGAAGAACUUGGUGAAGGGAGGGCCUCUGAUGAAGAUGCAAGUCACGGAGGUGUACCUCCUGUUGGCAGCAAAUUAGAACACGAUGUCGUCAGUUCCAUAAAGGUCAGGGCUCAUGACCUCGUUGCCAAUAAAACCGUUGACCCCUCUGAACUCAUAGACGGCACUAAGACCCUCUUCACUGACUCGGGCAAGAAAACGCUUAGCAGAUUCUCAGAUCCAAGAGGCUUUUUCACCAACGUAUCUUCUAAAAGUUUCACCCACGGCCACAAGGGUGGUAUCAACGCUGCCAAUGGCCUCAUCUCCAGGGGCAGCAAUUCUAGUAGCUAUGAUUUUAGGAAGAUCAUCAUUUAUCCACAUAAGAAAAGGUACCACACUGAUGACGGAAGAGAUUUGACAGCUGAGGCUUUGUCUGAAGGUGAUGAGAGUAUCAAGGCAUUAGUUGAUGCUCAGAUUGAAGGAGUCACUGCAAAAGUAGAAAGGUCAGAGGAUGAAAAAGAUGAAAGUGGAGCAGAUGGGGCAACUCUGGAAGGAGUUGACCAAGACCAAGGAGACACUGAUAAGGAAAAGUCUCGUAAAAAGAUACAGAAGAAAAAGGAGAAAGAAGAGGCAGUUACAAAGUUAGAAAAGUACCUCAAUACUGAUGAUUCUGAUGAGGAAGAGGAAAAGGAGAAUUUGGACAAAAACGAAGAGAUAGUUGAGUUAAAAGAGCCCUUGCCCACUGAAGAUUCCAUAGCCAUUGAUACCAAAACUAAACCUAAAACAGGGAAAGAGAAGAAAAAAUCUGCCCCCGACAAUGAAGUGGACAGUGUUAAUGUGGAAGAUGCAGCCCAGCUAAAGGAAACAGAAAAAGCAGAUGAUAAAACAGAAGAAGAACCCAAGGUGAUUGAAAUUUCAGAGGAAGAGCUGAAGGACGAUAAGUUAGAAGUAGGGAAGAAACUGGACGAAGGUGAGGAAACUGAGAAGAAGGAAAAAAAGAAAGAAAAAAUAGACGAGAAGGAAGUAGCAACUGAGGAGGAGGGUAAAGUGCAAGAAGAGGAGAAGGAAAAGGAACCUGCCAGUGACAAAGACAAGGUGGAGGAGGAUCAGCCUGAAAAACAAGAGGAAAUAACGUCUGACACAGAGGAAGCUGUAAAGGGGAAGAAGCCUUCCGAGUCCAAGAAGAAGGACAAACCAAAGUCAGAGGAGGCAGAAGAAGGUGGGGUCGAAAAAUCUGAAGAUACUCUGGAAACGUAUAGUCAGUUCACUCAGCGUGUUAGUGCAGAGAAGAAAAAUGAUGCUACCAACGGUCAUGGAACUAAUGGUCACAGCAAGGGUUCCAAAGUGAAGGGCAAGAAUUAUGCUUCACCAGAUUGUGGGGCUAAACUAGUCCAAGCUAACCCAGAGGCUUCCCAUUCUUCAAAGGUUAUUCAUCCAAGUAAAGACGAAUACAUGUUAAACAAAUGUCGUGAUAAAAUAUGGUUCGUCAUAGAGUUGUGCGAAAGUAUUCGCCCACAAAAGUUUGAUAUUGCCAAUUUUGAGCUCUUCAGCAACUUACCCAAGGACAUCCAAGUUUUUGGCAGCCACCGCUAUCCAUCUCGGGAUUGGACCUCUUUUGGAUGGUUUAAGGGACAAGAAGGGAACAGAGGUCUUCAGUCCUUUCGUAUUGAGACUGAAGAUUUUUUCAAGUACAUCAAGGUGGAAGUCACCAGCAAUUAUGGAUCAGAAUUCUACUGUCCAAUAUCAACUUUUCAAAUAUUUGGCUUAUCAGAAUUUGAAGUUAUAGACACCAUAGAAGACCCUGUAGAGGACACUGAUGAUGAAAAUGAGCCAUUUAUUGAUCCAACAGAAGACAUCACAAAGAAGAAGAGUCCUAAAGAUGAAGGCAAACAAGGUGUUAUUCCUACAGUCCUGAAGAAUAUGUUUAGUGGAGUGUUAGAUGUUAUUAAAAGAGGGUACAGGCCAUCUAGCAGUGCCAACGAGCAAGGAGAAGAAUGUUACUCUCUCCGCCCAAAGUUUGCCGUGGAGAAUGACAUUUGCCCGAUGGCUAGCACAUUGAAUUACAUCCUGUCAUGCUACAUGAUGGAAUACGAUGCUUUGAUGCAGCAGCCGUUUGUGUCUUCUACGGUCAAAAACUCGAGUUUUUGUCGACAGUUAGCUUUGACAAUGUGUGCUGAACCGGAAGUGAAUGAUAGCAUUGUGUAUGAUACAGUAUGCAAUAACAGUUACAUUUGUGUGAUGCUUUCCCCAAAACAUGUGCUGGCUAUGUGUUUCAUGCAAGAUCCUCAAGUCAUGGACAAAGGGAUCUCUUGUGAGGCUGGUGGCACCCUCUCAGAAAACUUUUCUGCAACGCCAGAGCUGCUCCCUUCGACGGAGACUCCGACGUACGUUAAGAAUGCAGACAUUAACACUUCAAGCAUAACAAGGUCAGAUGCAAUAGACACAAAUCUCAAUGAGUUAUAUGAUUUUCCGAGUACAAAAAGCAGCCCAGAAGUCAUUAAAGAUGGGAAGUUAUUGGUAGAGCAGCCCACGGACAAGGACUCCGCAGAAGUGAUUGUUCCUGAAAGUUCAGUGGAAAAUGUAAAGUCAUCUUCCAAAGAGCCAAAGGUAAAUGGUAAUGUAGCUAAAGAUAAAAUUGUUAAAGAAGGUGAUCAAGAAGCUGCUGUCAUGGAAGCCGAAGAGAAAAUUGAAGCGGAAGGGUCAGGAUUUGGGGGAAUAGAUAUUGUGGAAGAAGAAAUUCCACCCAGCCCCCCUGAAGAAACUCCCACUCCUGCCAGUAGUCCAACUUCACCGUCAUCAAGUGUACAACCAACAGAACUCAAAGUAUCCAACUCUCCAACAAACAAGGAAUCUGUUGUGGUGCGACUCUCCAACAAAAUCAAAGCUCUUGAAUACAACAUGUCCAUAAGCAGUCAGUACUUAGAGGAACUGAGUCGACGAUAUAAACGUCAAAUGGAGGAAAUGCAGCGACAGUUCAACCUGACCAUUGCAGCCUUGAAUGAUACCUCUCGGCAAGCGUACGAAAGGGAUCAGCAUCAUCAGAGAGACAUAGAAAAACUAGAAGAACAGUUAACCAAUGUUAGCAAUAUCCUCCAGAAAUUAGUGGAAGAGAGAGAGACACUCGCUCGGACAGUAGUGGAGCAGCAUGUGUUGUUGAUGGUGGUGGAAGUCAUCGUGUUAUGUAUGGUGUUCACCAUCUGUUCAAAACGAAGAAGCAACUACAGGCACAGUGCUGACUAUGCUAAUACAAGAAGGAAUCAGACUCCAAGUGAAGACCCAUCUAGCUUAGGUUUAGACCAAGAUAACAACUGCUUCAAUCCAGAUAGCCAAGGACGAAUCAGGGUUCGCAGAAGAUCUGUAGACAGCAUUACGUCGGAAAGAAACUCUCGCCUAAGACAACGCAGGCCUAGUGAAGAAGCUCUCAACAUAUCUGGUACUUACCAAGAUCUAUUGAUAAUUGAACCUGCUAUUCCUAUCCUGAUGGAUUCAGUCAGCGACCGUAAGAAGAAGCGGAAGGCUAAUAGUGGCACUCUCAAACGCUCAAAAUCAAAUGCAAGCAUCAUGGAUAAAUCUGCUGCCUCAAGAAGAGCAAAACGCAUAGAAAAACUUAAUGUCUCAAGUGCCGGAGUCUUAUUCUGUGGAGAUGAAGUAGAUUCCAAGACACCUGAGUCUCCCCCUCACGCAAGUCCAGGUUAUGUUCAGUCUCUAGAUAUGUAUGGACUGAUGAAUGACACCUUGUCUAAUGAUGAUGAUGGUAAUGUGUUUUAUGAUAAUAUUGCAAAAUCUAGUGAGGUACAUACAAGAUCAGUUGUAUCUGAAAUACAUUAUACAGAUGGGAUUCAAAAUAACCUAGGGUCAGUUUCAAAGAGACAUUCUUUUUCUUGUGCGACCUGUGAUAAUUUACCGAAGAAAGAUAGGUUUGCAAAAUCUCUAUCUUUGUGUAGUUCUUUUGAAAAGUCUAAAAGUACUCAAGAAAAAGUAAAAAAGAUAAAAAAACAGAAGAAAUCUAAAAUGAAGGAAAGUACAACCGCCGGUACUGAUACAUCCCAAAUGCAGAAUGUUUUCCCUUCUUACAAUAAUGAUUAUUAUUAUCCAAAACCUAAUGGUAUUUCAUGCUGUUCAUCUAUUGAACCUUAUAAUGGUUUCUAUUAUAAUGGCCAUAACAGUGUUCAUUUUAGUGAAGAUACAAAUGAACAUUGUGGCCUUCCAUACAGUCGUACAGAAGACAUACCAGUUAAUGGCGAUUAUUCAAAUGGAGUUGAUGCUGUGGAGAGUGAUCAUUAUAGACAUGUAAGUGAAUUUUCUCAUACGAAUCAUGAUACUCAAAGUAUAAAUGAAAAGAAGAAAUUGUCCCCAAAGGUGAAAUCGAAGGUAAAGUUACGAUCAGAUAACUGGGAGUGGUACUCAUCUCAGCAUGUAGGAAGCAGCAGCAGCGAAACUGUCAGUACUUGUAGUGACUCGAGCGGGAAAGGUCGCAAGGUAAGGUCGGAGGAGCAUGUAGCAGACGGUGAGAAAAUUGAAGAGAGGAAAGGUAAAAGAAAGAAGAAGUCCAAAAGUAAGGCCUCUGUGUUAUUAGAGGAAGAGACAGCCCUAGAAGUGGAAGCAGGGACGUGACCUUCUCAGUGUUGUCCACGGUGUCAUUGCAUCAUAUUGCUGGGGCAAAGUUUUACUUGGUGAAGAAGAAUUUUGCUCGCGCGGUUCAAGCAUUGCAAUAGGUUCAGUGGUUGCAUCAGUUGCACUGUUAUGCUUGAUCUAGAGAAUGCUGUCUGCAACAUUUAUCCUCGAAUGUGGUCAACAGAUGAAAGACGUACGGAACGUUCUCUUUCAUUUCUGACUGUAGUCUCUCAUUCUUUCUUUUUUUUUUAUACUGCAGGUUCUAUAAAAUUAGAAUACUACUUCAUGUUGACAAUAUUUAUUGUACAGGACAUAUUUUCAAGGUAAUAGGAAUUUGUAUAUUCUUGUGAACACUAAGUUCAUGAAUUAUUUAAAUUAAAAUGUAUGUUUAGGGGACAUUCACUUAUCAGUCAAUAGGGUAAUAGUACUUAUCCUAUGAUCUUAUGUACUCAGUGUAUUACUACUAUUUUAUUUGUACUGCACUUAAUUGCAGUAGUCACAGAUGAAAUUAAGUAGUUCAGUACUGUACUGUACUGUACUAGGAAGACGAUUUCAUUCAAAUGCAUAGUUACCACUUUACAUCCUACAGCUUUUUCACCAGAUCUUGUAGAUGCUAAUUUUUGUUUAUAUAUUAUUUUUGUCCUACAGUGGUUUUUUUUAUGAAUUCAUUUAUAUUUGAAGGAAACCCAAGAGUGAUAUCCUGAUGAAAGGUGUUGCUCAAAAUAUUUCUUUAUUUUUACCUGUGCUAAGGUAUUGGUUGGGCUGUUAAAUAAUCUUCGUAACAUUCCAAAUCCUCAUUUUAUUCUUAUUUUAUGUUUAAAGUUUCCACUGUACAUGUAUAGUAUAUUACCCGAAAAGUGUAGCCUGUUUUCAUGAAAACGUAUGACUUUAUAAUCUUUAUCUUUUCUCAAUUGCAGUAUUUAAGCAGAGCAGUCAAAUCAGUCAGUGCAGUAAUAUCCUACAGUCAUGCAAGACAUCCAUUCAGCUGUUCUCUUGACCAGGUGGUGAUACUCUACAUUUUAGGGUGAAAGUUUGUUCUUGUGUGGUCACGUUAGUUUCUGGAGUUACCUUAAAGGCAGUGGCUCAUUUAGUUAAGGUUCUGAAAAAUGAAUGUAUGGGCUAAAACUAAUGAAUGUUUUUUUAAUUGUUUAUCCCUCUGAACCAAAGACUAGUGUGAUUACAGUGAUUAUAAGCAUUCUUGAUAAUGGUAGAAGUUGAAAAGAUACAACAGUCUUUAAUACUGACUAUGACGUGACUGUUUCAAUAUCCAUUUUGGGGAGAAGCCUACAAGAAGCGAUGAGUAUAUUUAACAUGGCAAGAUUAGGCACCAGGUUAUUGCUUGAAGUAUUUGAGCGUACAGAAUACCGCUCCCGCAGGAGGUUUAAAUAAUUUUUCUUACUUUAUAGUAUGUGGAACACAACUGAUUGUGAAGCCAAAGAGUUUCCUGUUACCUGUAGGUAUUAAAAAAAUGUUAGUCGUGUAUAGAAUCAUUAUACUUUAGGAAGACGUUAUAAUUAUUUUUGGUAGAUUUUAGUUUAGGUAUCUGUAGCAUACUGUUUUUAGUAUCGGUGACAGGCUCCCUUUGGGAAUAUAUUUUGAUAUGCUUUUGAAAUAGUAUAUCAGUUCCACCUUCAGUAAUCACUUUAUUUUUCUGCUGCAUUCUUUGCGACUAAACUUAUCUCCUUGAAAGGUAGUUGUUUACCAAUGGUCUGAAACAGCUGAUGGAAUAUAGAUGCCAUUUUUGGUGCGAGAGGUACUCGAGAUGGUAGUUCACAUUGAUAUAACAGCCUUAUGGAAUGGUGGUUUAGGACAAGUGAUAAUUAUCAUAAUUUAUAUCUGCUGGAACACUGCAACAUUUACUUGCUUUCAGUAAAAUGUAGUUGUGAUAUUUUAACAGUGUGGUGGCAUUUAAUUUCAUUUGAAUACUUUUACACGUGACAUUCCAUAUGAAAUAUGACAAGUCUAAUAAUAAUUUUUUUUUCCAGUGCAUGUUUCCAGUUUUUCUGCCUUUGACUUAUUCUUUCUAAUGGUAAUUAGUAUGAACUUAUAUGUAUAGUUACUAAAGUAGUUUCAAAGGUUAUGUAGUUACAUUACAUUAUAUUUAACAAGUUUUUUAAUGGAAGAUUGUUUUAUAUAGGUAUGACCUUAGCAGGAUGUUUGAAGUUUUGCAAAAUGUGCAUUCUGCUACAGUAUAUUAAUGGUAUUUGAAUGCAGUAUGUACUGUGAAACCUUUUGAACAAUAUUAGAGAAAGAAACAUGAAUUGUGAUUAGCAUAGUGAAUCUACUUAUUGUGUUGUGAGUUAUUUUACUUUCUGAUGAAUGCUUAGGAGACAUUGCUCAUAUUUUAGUAGUUGUGCUCAUCACCGACCGAAAAGGUGCUAAUGACAUUCUAGUCAUAUGGUCGAUGGGGAGCACAGCAGUGCGCAAUUGUAGGACCCAGAUGUUCGGUGUGUGUUGCAAUGUUUUAUGUAAAUAAGAAAUGGUUUUAUUAUAUUUUUUGAUUACACUACUAUUGCCAAGGGAUGUUCGUUAAUGUUAUGUAUUUGUUUGUGGGUGUAAUGUGGACUGGUUAUAGUACUACAUGUUAACACACACAUAACUUAUGUGCAGCAAUUUGACUUUGUCAAAUUAUUGAUAUUUCCUCAUGAUAACCUACUUUAGUAAACAUAUUUCAAUUCAAACUAGCCAAUAGAUUUUGUUUUCCUCUUCGGUGUUAGGUUUCAGGUUCAUUGUGUUCAUAAUAUUUUCUCAAUGAAGCCUUUGUUUUUAAUUUGAGGUUAACUUUGUGGUAAAAGAAGGCAGUAGUAAUAUGUUUUGGAAGUAUAAAUGUUAGCUGCCAAAAAAAUGACAAAAAAACUGGAUCCCUUCCUGCAGCUGUAAAUGAAACUGGAACCCUUAACUUUCAUUUGUUGAAAUAUCAGAAUUUGAUAUGGAAUGAUCAUGUUCUUUCUAUCAGUGUUUUUGCAAUCUUUUAAAAUAAAUAUUUGGUGUAACUUCAUUUGUCAUCUAAAAAAGUGCAUUCAUAGAAUACUGAGGUUUAUCUUUUUGAUCGCUUUAUGCGUAGCAGUAUAGAAAAUAAAAAUCAAGAUUAUUUUUUUCUAUAAUUUUUACAGUAUUAAAAUUUGUUGAUGGUGUAAUGGACGAGUUCCUAUUAGGAAUACCAGUAAUUUACAAAUGAGGUACUGUAGUAGCAUAUCUUCUUGAACUUAUCAUUUAGCCUUUGUGUAAGGAAGCAAGACUUAAGUAUUAUUGCAGUACUAGUGAAAGAACUAGUGGAUAUCUCUAGUCAUGGUCAUAUGUAGAAGCUUUCAUUGUCUUGUCUUUGAGUUCCUUACCUAACUUUUUAUUAAGAGACAUAAAGACAGUUGAUGAAAUUUCAAUUUCAGUGGUCCCAUGCAAACCUGGUCAGUUGUUUCUGUAGUUUUGCAGUAUCAUUUUUUUUUAUUAAAUUGCCAUAGGUCUUUGUGCCAAAGGUAUAUUCCCAUUCUAAAAGCUGAAUGCUACUUGCAUUCUUUGGUAACUGUUGGAUCAUUUGCAAGAUAAAUAUAGUGGUUUGAAUCGGGCGUUUUUUCUCAUAAUUCGACUCUUGAUGAACGUUGUACUAGUGCUUAAUGCUGUAAAAUAAUUUUUGUUUAAAAAUUACUUCUAGUUUCAUUUAAUUUUAAUCUUAUUUUUUUAUCUCAGUCAUCCUUAAAUAGUGUAGGAUGGUCAUUGUUGGUGUCUGUCUGUUAAUUUACCUUUUUUGACAGCUGUACAGAUCAGUAUCAUAAGAAUUUUUUCCGUGAUAAUUUUAGAAGUAAGUUCCAUGCUUUGCUGUCAGUCUGUUUGAAAUUGUCCUUUAUGUAUUGUAUAUGUCAUUUAUUUUUGUUUCUGAUGGCAUUAUAUUGUUCCUUAAAUAUUACCUUCUGUGAUGACUUUGAAGGUAUUGUUCAUUUGUGAUGAAGAGGCUUAAAAGUUAAUGUGAAAUGUAUGGUAUAAUUUUCUUUUAAGCUCCUUUCUUGUCUGUUAAACAGAUAGCCAAAUAUAUGUUACUUGUA